GGAGCGCGAGUUCAGUCUGGUAGGACGUGUCCGUUCAUCGUUCGUUCGCCGGUUCGCACGUCAUUCCGGCGUCUCACGUUUUUCAUUUCGCUUCGGUAACGUCAAAUACGCGCGGUUUGUCGCAGAUCGAGGUGUCAUCCGUGAUAAAGUGCCCGCGGAUCUGUGUAUUAUGUUCACUCAUCACUUGAGAUAAAAGUGUCAUUGGACUUAACGGAGCCUAAUCUCUUCUCACGCGAGGGAGGAAUCGAACACCGGAGUCACAUCGCGCUGAGGAGAGGCGCUCCCCACCACGUCAACCCUUCCAAACUUCUUUGAGACACGGUCGAUUUUCUACUGCUUCUGAUGCUGCGGUCGGCGGAUCACCUUCUUCUGCAUCCGAGCGGCGAGAUCGCGCUCCGAUUAUGAUGUGAGCUAUUGAAGGUGGAAUCCUCAGGAACCGUGAGGUCCUCGCAAUGGAGGCGGGACCAAAGCAGCCGCCGCAGCAGCAGCAGCAGCCCCAACAGCAGUCGCCUCAGCAGCAACAGCAGCACAACUCACCUGGCAACGGGACUCAGGGUGGUUCGACGCCUCAGGCUCAGCAAAAUGCGGAGGACGCGCUCGCGGCGGCGGAGAACACCCCCGUCAACGAGGGUAUGCUUCUCGCUCGGAUCCACGUGCCCGAGCUCUACGUUAGCAAGUGUCUGCAAUUCCCGAAGGAUCAGCUGGUCUGGGACGUGAAGCAGCAGUGUCUGGCGUCCUUGCCCAAGGUGGCCACUUGGUACAGGGAACUGAAGGAGAGCUUCAAUUACGGUCUCUUCUGUCCGCCGGUGAAUGGAAAAGCCGGGAAAUUCCUGGACGAGGAACGCCGCCUCGGCGAUUAUCCAUUCAAUGGACCUGUCGGGUACUUGGAGCUCAAAUAUAAGAGGCGGGUGUACAAGAUGCUGCAUUUGGAUGAGAAACAGCUCAAGGCUAUGCAUACCAGGACGAAUUUGCGAAGGUUAUUGGAUUAUGUGCAGAGCAGUCAGGUUGAGAAAAUCGCGAAGAUGUGCAGCAAAGGGCUGGAUCCUAAUUUCCACUGUCAGGAAACAGGAGAGACGCCAUUGACAUUGGCAACCACUUUGAAAAAGCCGUCGAAAGUUAUAAUUGCGUUAGUCAAUGGUGGCGCUCUACUGGACUAUCGAACGAAAGAGGGUCUAACGGCGAUGCAUCGUGCCGUUGAACGAAACAGUCUAGAGGCGGUGAAAACGCUAUUAGAGCUGGGCGCCAGCCCGAACUACAAAGAUACGAAGGGUCUGACGCCGCUCUAUUAUAGCGUCAUUCACAAAACCGAUCCGAUGCUCUGCGAGACGUUGCUUCACGACCACGCGACAAUAGGAGCGCAGGAUCUCCAGGGCUGGCAGGAAGUUCAUCAGGCUUGUCGCAACAAUCUCGUACAGCAUCUGGACCACCUGCUUUUCUACGGCGCUGACAUGAAUGCGCGCAACGCGUCCGGUAAUACGCCGUUGCACGUGUGCGCGGUGAAUAACACGGACGCCUCGUGCAUACGUCAGCUACUCUUCAGGGGCGCGCAGAAGGACGCACUCAACUAUGCGAACCAAACGCCAUACCAAGUCGCCGUGAUCGCCGGCAACAUGGAGCUCGCCGAAGUCAUCAAGAACUAUCAGCCGGAAGAAGUCGUACCCUUUAAAGGGCCGCCACGUUACAACCCGAAGCGGCGCUCGGUGGCCUUCGGUGGCACUUCCACGAUGAUGACGACGAGCUGCUCAGCGAGUAAUCUGGGCACCCUCACCAGGAUACCGUCCACCGAACAACACGCGGCGGCGGCGUCUAGCGCCGGUGGUGGUACCUCUAGUGGUACACUCACCAGAACCAUCUCUGUGGAACAAUACUCGAGUAUCACGCGAGUACCCUCCGCUGAGCAGUACGCUACCGCCGCGAGCCUGAAUCGAGUACCGUCCACGGAGCAACCGUACUCUCCGCCUCCACCAUUGUCCGGCACACUCGUCCGAGUCGCGUCCGAAGAGAAAUACGCGCCGCCGUCCGGCAUCGUCUUGAGCAGAGCCUCGUCCUGCGAACGAUACGACGCCACUCUGAUCAGAGUACCGUCCUCCGAGCAGUAUCCGACCGUUAGUACGCUGACCAGAGUACCGUCCACGGAACAGUAUCCGACCGUCGCGGCGGGCAUGAGCAGAGUACCGUCCACGGAACAGUAUCCCUCCACUGGUGGAAUCGCGAUCGUCGGUCAGUCAACCGAGUCGGUCCACCACGGAAGCCUCGGCAGAGUACCGUCCGUAGAGUCGAGCAGAAACGAUUUACCGAGCCGAAUACCGUCCGAACAGAACGGCCACCGACUAACGUCGGAGUACCAGAGUCCAAAUUCUUUGAGAGAUCCUAACGCGAGAUUGCCGAGCGCCGCGGAGAAUUAUACAAACUUGAGAAUGGAGGGUCUAACGAGGCUGCAAGAGCACCGGCUCGAGCUACAACAUCGCCUCGAUAUGCACAGAACGCAGAUGGAGAUGCCGCCGUCGCCGUCGCCUAGCAGCAGGAGCUUAGCACCUUUUAGCUCGGCCAGUUCGAGCUUAUCUGAAGGCAGCAAUCAACCGUCCGGCGAGGAUUCGGCCAGCAUCGUCACAGACAAGAGCCUCGGCGACACGGCGUCCGACGUGAUCAGUGACAGUUCCGGGGUAGGAACCUCGCAGUCCGACACGACCAAUUCAUUAUCCAUUCCCGGUACGACGGUUGUCUGCGUGGAGAGCUACAACAGCGGGAUUACUGGCCAUCUCACUAUCAAUCAAGGAGACAUCCUUGAAGUCACCGGUGCUACCGAUUGCGGCCUCUUGGAAGGGGUCCUACGUGGACAAGGUACCGGUUUGUUCCCCGCGCAUUGCGUUCAGGAAGUCAGGCUGCGUCACACGAACAUACCUCUAGGUCCGCAGCCUGCCAGGGACGGACGAAAUCGAGUUCUAGGUCGCAGGGAGUCGCAGCAUAAAUACUUUGCUACCGCGCCUAGAUUAAAGAAGCCCGUCACAUCGGAACCCCGCACUGUUGUUCUUCACCGUUCGAGGAAAGGCUUCGGUUUCGUAUUGCGCGGCGCCAAGGCCACCUCGCCGCUAAUGGAGUUAACACCGUCUGCCAGGUAUCCGGCGCUACAGUAUCUGGACGACGUCGAUCAAGGAGGUGUGGCUGAUUUAGCGGGUCUCCGAAAAGGAGAUUUUCUUAUUCAAAUUAAUGGCGAGGACGUGACGACGGCCUCCCAUGAACACGUAGUCGACCUGAUUAGGAAAUCGGGAGAAUUGGUGCGAAUGACAGUGGUUUCGCCAGUAAUUAGUCUUCCGAAUUCUCAAUCUGCGGCCGCGUUGCCAACUAGUCAACCUAUCCAGAGACAGUAUGCGACUUUACCGCGCAAGGGUAACAACAAUGUAGUAAUCGGUGGUACGCUUGGCAGAUCUCCAGCUCCUGUACCACCACGGAGAGACCCGAAGACAACACUAAGCGUGGGUCGGGCGAGGGCACGAUCGAUGGUCGCGGGAUUAGAAGGAGGCGGCGAAAGAGAUGAUCGCGAUGAAAUCACAUCGACAGGUGGAAAAUCGAGCAGCGCAGAAUCGAUUCACAUGCCGCAGCAGCCCUCGACUGGAUCGAACACCGGUCAGAAUACUCCGGUGCAACCGAGAACAGCCAGCAUCCGAUCGCGUCCGACAUCCAGCAGGAUUACCGCUGCAGAACUCGAAGAACUAUUUCAGCGGCAGCAGGGUAGCGCCGGUGGUCAGUACAGCUCGUCCAUGAUGAGCUCGUCUCACUUUCAGACUACUGGUCAGUCAACCAAGUCGCAUCCGUCGUCGCCUGCCAAGACCGGCAGGGUGUACGCGAGCGUAGCAGAGAUGAAGCGCAAGGGCAAAUCGCAAUCAAAAGUGCGCUUCUUCGGCGGCUUGGGCGGAGGUUCUGAUCUUCACAGAGACUUCCACAGUACGCCGGAUCUCAACGUGCAAGUGCAGUCCUCGUCCCUUUUGGCGCCCAAGUGCCAUAGAAGCCAAGAAGAUGUAAAUGCCUUGAACGGUAGAAAUGGUCUUCCACCGCCGAAUCAUCCGCCGCCACCUCCGCCGGUUGGGCAAGUCAUCAAAGUGAAUGUCGGCGCCAACGUGCCGGACGUUGUCACUCCAGCUUCGGUUUACGAUAACAUGGCGCACAUCCAGCAAGUGAAAGAACUCGCGGCGGCCACGAUCGAAGGCGGUUAUGGAGUGAUGUCGAGUUUUCGACCGUCUAACAGUGCGAAGCUAUAUGCCUCGCCGGAGGACAUGAAGACCGUCGGUUACCGUUCACGCAGUCUACCAGCUAACCGCCCGCAUCUCAGGAAAUCUCAUAGUCUGCGCAAUCCGCCAAACAACACAAUGUUCAAGCCAACCGGCAGCCAGCAGGCGCUGAAUAACAAUGUCGGCAAUAUAAACAGCAACGGGAACGGUAACAAUCAGUACGCGCAACCGCUGAAGACUACUAGAAGUAACAGCACGGCCGGUAUCCGCGAGCGGAAAAAGAAGACUGUCGUCUUGAACGCCAGUUCAUCCGUCACGAAUCUUUCGUCGAUCGCGUCCGGCGCAAACGGAACGACCGUGCCGCCUAAUUCGGCACCGCCAAUUCCCGAGCCAGAUUACAGCCUGUCAGAAUCGGAGAAUGACGACGAAGGCGAGGACGACGAGACGGACGAGGAUGGUGAAUCGGAGAUUGCGAAGGAGCUCGAGAAAGCGGCGGCGCGGGAAAAACUGGAGGCAACGCGAGAAACAUCCGGCAAUUCCAACACAUCCGGCUCGAGUUCGUCGGGAAGCGGCUCGCUGCCGCACUCGUUCAGCGUCGAGGAGAUCCAAAAAGUGCGCACGCAACUCAAAUCGUCCAAAAGCCAUCCAAACGACUUUCUGCUACAGACGCAGCAGUCGCUCGUCGAGGACGGCGACAACAGCUCGAGUGGCGUUAGCUCGGAUCAGGAUGUGCCGGUGGGCCCGCCGAUGGGUUUUGAUGACACUGCUGUGCGGAACCUGGCCAAUCAGGAGAGCAAUCAACAUUCGGGAGGUACGACUCUGCUAACCGGUGUCAACCCGAUCGACAAGGAGAGCAGUCAAACCAAACGACCAGGCUACGGGGGUAGCGGUUUGCUGACUAGGCACGCGGUUAGUCUGGCGCAGCUGCCGCCGCCGAUCGAGGCGGAUGCCGAGGAACAGAACAAUGAUCUGUUUGUGCCGCCGCCGCCGGAAUUCAACGCAGGCCCAUCCGCCGGCGGCCAUGAUCAAGAAGUAGUGGUAUUUGCACCACCGCCGCAAUUCUGCGAUAACAAGCAACAUCAACAGCAGCAGCAGCAGCAGCAGACCACUUCACAGAAUCGGGUUAAGAUAAUAGGCGCGAUUCCCAAGGUUGCCGGAAACCAGGUGAAGGCGUCAGGCGGAAGAGCAUUGCCGUAAAAGAAAAAUCCACCGUAAAUUAUAGCACGAAUGUUUUGUUCACGUAUGUCUUUGCUGCGCGAACAGAGAAGUUUGCAACACGUAAUUGGUAGAUCGCGAUUUCAAAGUCAAUAUAUUUAGAGGUUUUUCUGCCUUUUCGGUAGUGUAAUCGCCGCGCGACGAGCAUAUUAAAUUUGAACGGUAUCGCUGAAAAGCGAUUGACAGUCCGCGCAGGUGUGCUGUCGUAUAUAAAGCGUGGUCGGCUUGGACGACUUUUUGCCAAUAGUAAAUUCGUAUUCUAAUCGAGCGUCUAGGAGUCGUAGGAUAUAAUGUGAGGAGAUAAUUGCGAGCGCAUUUUUACCAAGUAAAUUUACGAGUGUGAGCGUACGUUCGAUUGCACUAUAAUGGAGAAUUGAUUUGCAACACGAACGAUCAUAAUCGUUUAAUAAUAUCCUGUCUAUGAGCGAGGAUCCGACAAAUCCGGAAACCGAUUUACUAUACCAUAGAAAGAGAAAGAAAGAGAAAGAGAGACCUAAAAGAUAGGAAAAAGCGAAAAUCCGCACAUUGAAGAAGAAAAGAAAAGAAAAAAAUAACCAAAUCAGAAAAAGAAAGAAGAAGAGAGAUUCGUGUACGCGUGCAAAGAAUCGUGACGCGUGAAUGUGCAAUGCAUAUCGAUUUGUUUUUCAUGUUUCUAUCGAACGACGAGGUUUUAAUACUUUUACACACGAUACAUUUUGUCUCUCCGAAUGCGGAUAAUAAGAUAGGUCGAGCCAAGUUUUUUGCGAAUCGCUCUUGAACCAAUUUUAAGCAAAAGUAUAUCGCGAUAAUCUCGCUCAUUCUUGAUCCACCGGCGAAGAAUGAAAUGGGCCAUGAUGGAUCGAUGACGUAAUGCAUAAAUCAUAUAAUUGAUUACUUGUUAAUAUCGAACACACGCAGUUUUUUUUAGUUUCAACUAGCAUUUUCUUUUAUGUCUAAGACACUGCUCAAAUGCCUAAUCACAAAGCUCUACUCGCGAAGUCAUUAGAGAUUCUUACUAGUUUGUAAUUGUAAAUGUUAUUAUUAUUAAUAUUAGAGCAUUAUUAUUAUAUUAUUAAUAUUAUUAUAUAUUAGCAUCGUUAUAUUGUAAUCAUACGGCGACUAUGGCGUUCCAUUAACGAUCUGUCAAUAAAACGUAGUCGCGUCACGCGCAGAAAUGCGCAGCACUAUAUUCGUUAUACUAUCGCACCAUCACUACUCCAGCCUGUGUAAAGUAAAACCCCAUACUCCUUCCAUUCGUGUCAGAAGCUUCCCUUGAGCCAGGAGACGUGUUUUUGUUUUUGUUUUUUUCUUUGUUUUUUAAUUAUGCGUUCUUGUCGACUGAGUUCAAAGAUUGACAUUGUGAGUGGAUAACUAGCAGAAUUCCACAAUUUUACUCGACGGCUCGAAUCGAACUCACAUGCAAGUUCGUGAAUCGAAAUUCUCCGCUUGUGAGUUAAUCGACCUUCUGAUGUACAUACGUGUUACGUCGACUCGCAACACUAUUCGCAGAUGCAACCGUGAUUCAUCGCGAGUUAGUAAGAUCUCGCGGCUCUCGGGGUGACAGUGCAUAUUGUAUAUAUAUAUUAUAUAUUGAGUAACGUGCGUUGUAUAUCCUCGAGUAUCUAUAAUUACAAGCGAUCAUCACAUUUAUUUUCAUCGCAUUUUCAUCAUGUUAGGUCUAUAAGCGAUCGAACAUCUUUUUCUUCCUUCCCACCCUUUUCCCCCUGGAUGGUCAUCUCUAUAUGCGCUUUCGCGAACUCUGAGAAAAAGAAAGAUAAGGAAACUCGCAUUUCGUGCGAGUAUGCGUGAGUCGCCGCGUGGAUUUUUGAAAAAAUUGAGUUCAAUCAUAUUUUCAGUUCAAUCAUAUUUUCAAGUAUUCCUCAGAUAAUAUUUGAUUUCGACGUCUUUUAGUAUAAGUGCAAGUACACGGCAUAGUAUAAGUAUGGAGUAUAUUUUUUUGGAUAUUUUUUGAAUAUUUUGCGAUUUGAAUAUUUGAAUAUUUUUAUUAAUAUCGCAACAUUAUGCAUGAAGAUAUGUUUUGUAUGAAAAUUAUAAACGAUUUAUAUAAAAAAAAAGUGCAAGAGAAAGAUAUCGGAACAGAAUUAAAAAAAUAGAAAAAUUAUAUAAAUCUAUUUGGCAGUUCGUGCAUCGUUUAUCUCAUAUACUUAUUUUUCAAACUCUUGUUUAGAUAAAUGAUAGAUCCGUGUCUACAUUUUAUACGAUUUAUUGAAAAAUUGUUUUUUAAUAAAUCACUAAAAAAUAUUUAUUUAAACCAAUAACUUCUAUAAAUUGUUUGUCCAGGAAUAUAUAAUAGUAAUAAAAUCCGAUAUAAAAAAAAAAAAUCGUAAAAUAUUUGACAAACAUCCAACGACAUUCAUUGGAUAUAUACUGUCACGAGAUUAUAAACUGUUGUAGAUCGCGGUAAAAAAAAAAUGAUACACAUGUGUGUAUCACGAUUCAAUCAGAGCACGACAUAGUGAAAAUCAACAGAGAAGAUCGGUCGAGAAGCGAGGCUUUAUUUUUCUUUGCCGUGAGCCGGAUGCACGGGUUACGACUGAGAUGUUAUUAUAUAAUUACGACAUUCCUGCCAAAAGUAAUAUAUAUAGAGAGUAGUCUUAUAUAUUAUAUAUAUAAAUAUAUAAUAUAUCAAAAUUUAUAUAUAUAUAUAUAUAUAUAUAUAUAUACGAAGAAAAAAGAAAAGAGAGUUAACAUUGCGUACGUCUCUUGCGUGAGAGGAAUUUGUAAUCUAUAGUUGCUCCUUCCAAUUUUCCAUUCCCUCUGCUUCCCUUCUUUCUCUGUCGUACCCCCUUGUUCUUUCUCCGUAUCGAUCAGCGAGUUCGGGAUCGCGACCUUGCAAUGUAAGGACGCGAUAUCGUCCUAAUGAGGAGUCCCGAGAUUGUCGCACGAUAUAUUUAAUUCUUGUUAAAAUUUGUCAGUAAAGUAUUUAUAUAUGUAUAAUAUAUGUAUAUAUACAGGCUCUGUUUUCGGCGUAAACGAUAAUUAAUCGGCCGCACUCUUCGCGGAGAGCGUAGCACGUAUACAGAGUGUACCGAAAAAGACGUAUGUUUCUUCUCCCUCCACUCCCUCAGAUAGUUUCAGUAAAUUUUUUGAUCGUGAUUUUUCCUCGGAAAAUAAUUUUAUUAAUUAUCCGUCUGUUGUAAAUUUUCCGCUUGGCUCGAUGAUUAAAACUCCCCCAUGAAAUCGAUUUUCGAUUAGGAAGAAUUUUGCGCCAAUUUUGCGAGGAGAAAUAAAGGAUUGUUAUACGACACGUAUAUUCGUCCCUCGAGACACCCUGUACACUGCGCUUCGACGAGGGUGCUAAGGAGAGCCAUCGAGAACCAUGACUCGAUGAUUGUACACCAAUUGACUGAACUUUUGGGAACCACUCUUCGUUAUUUUCAACCACUUUCCUAUACGUUUAAUUCUCGAUCCUUUGCCUAUUCAUCUUCCUUCUGUCAUCUCACCUUUUGCCAUUCUUCAUAAUUUAGUUAUCAUUAUCUCAUUAAUAUUAUUAUGAGGCAAUUACUAUUAGUAUUUUGUAUUAUAGGUAUUGUAUUGUAAAUUGCAAAAGUACGUGCAAUGUUUCGACGAUGAAUAAUAAUCGAUCAUGUUCAACUAA